AUGGAUGUGUCUGCUGGCCCCCAGCUCUGCAAUGGCAGCAGUGACUCGGCCAGGGCUUGGGAAGUCUUUGACCUGGAAGACUUGAACUUGACCGCAGAGGAGCUGAGGCUCAAGUACCUGGGCCCCCAGCAGAGCAGGCUCUUUGAGCCUGUCUGUGCCACCUACUUGCUGAUCUUUGCUGUGGGUGCCACGGGCAACGCCCUCACCUGCCUGGUCAUCCUUCGGCAGCAGGCCAUGCGCACGCCCACCAACUACUACCUGUUCAGCCUGGCCGUGUCCGACCUGCUGGUGCUGCUGCUGGGCAUGCCCCUGGAGCUGUACGAGAUGCGGCAGAACUAUCCCUUCCAGCUGGGGGCCGGGGGCUGCUACUUCCGAACGCUCCUCUUUGAGACCGUGUGCCUGGCCUCGGUGCUGAAUGUGACUGCCCUCAGCGUGGAGCGGUAUGUGGCUGUGGUGCGCCCCCUUCAGGCCAAGGCCCUGGUGACCCGGGCCCAUGCCCGCCGGGUCAUUGGGGCCCUCUGGGCCGUGUCUGUGCUCUGCUCUCUGCCCAACACCAGCCUGCACGGGAUUCAGGAGCUGGAGGUGCCAGGCCGGGGCGUGGUGCCCAACACGGCCAUCUGCACGGUGGUCCGGCCCCGUACCUUCUAUAACCUGGUGGUGCAGGGGACCACGCUGCUCUUCUUUGGCCUCCCCAUGGCCACCAUCAGCACCCUGUAUGUACUCAUUGGCCUGAGGCUGCGGCAGGAGAGGCGCCUGUGGGCCCAGAGGGUGGCCAGGGGCAGUGCAAGUGACAGCAGCAGUCUGGGGGACAAGCUGAGGAGCUGCGUGGGAAUACCCCUGCAGCCCAAGAGGCAUGGCCAGAUGCAGGUGACAAAGAUGCUGUUCGUGCUGGUGGUGGUGUUCGGGGUAUGCUGGGCCCCAUUCCACGUGGACCGCCUCAUGUGGAGCUGUGUGUCCCACUGGACCGAGGAGCUGCUGCAGGCCUUCGAGUACGUGCACGUGAUCUCCGGGGUCUUCUUCUACCUCAGCUCUGCCGCCAACCCCGUGCUGUACAGCCUCCUGUCCAGCCGCUUCCGCGGGGCAUUCUGCCAAGCCCUAGGUGUGCGUGUGGCGAGGCGGCCGAGGACUCUGCUGCCUCUGCUCCCUGGUCUCCCCCAGCCUCGGCACUGA